AUUCUGUUCAAUUUUUGUUGUAUUUGCGUAGGAUUGCGCAGUGUUUGUGCCAAAAACGUCGCGUCCAAUAAUGAGAUGCAAAGUUUUCUUGAAAUGGAGGAUAUUUUCAUAAGAAAUUUUGACUCAUAUUUGAACAAGGCGGCCGAAGAACAGCAAAGUAUUGUCAGAUUUCUGAAGCGCGUUGCUACCGAGUAUGAGAAUAUCAAAGAUCCAGGGACAUAUUUUGGUAAUCCGUUGAAUACCGUCGUAAUGAUCAGCCGCUUCGCAAAUAACUGGAAGCACGAGGUCUUCGAUGUAAUAGCUUCCAACCACACUUUCACUCAAUACCAAACAAAGUUAAACAACGAGUUAGACGAGUACAAUAUUGAGAAACCAACGAUGGAUGAUCUGCAGUUCGCCAGUUACGAUAUAUUGAACAUGCAGGAGAUUCAUAAUCUGAAUACAUCAGAGUUGGCAAAUGCAGUUCUGUCCAUCGACGAAGAGACAGGCGAGAAUUCGACACUAAGUGCCAGCGAUUGCUACAUGAUUGGACGUUCUCUGUAUGAACUGCAGAAUUAUAGCUUCGCCACCGAGUGGCUACAGCAGGCACGACAACAUGCAUCGAAUGAUGGCCCAGAGUUCCCCACUGUUAAUCGCAUUAAAAUACUAGAAGACUUGGUACUGUCACUGAACCGGCAACGCAGCUACAAGCUGGCCAGCAAAGUGAACAAAGAAAUAUUAAAAUCUGAGCCCACUCAUGCGAGAGCGCUAAUCAAUAAAGUUGAUCUGCAGAACAAACUAACUUUGGAGCGAAUCAAAAUCUCAAACCUCGAUCUAGAAGAAGAUCUAUAAACAGAAUUCCAACUAGCAAACAAAUAAAGCAUAUAUCUUAACCACAAUAAAACAAUUACAGCUUAAC